UAGAAGAAGAAUGGUAGUCAAGAUGGAUGCGGAGCUGUUGUUGUUUUUGGUUUCUGAGAACAAGGAAUUAUUUGAUAAAAAUCACAGUGAGUACAAAAACACGAAGCGGAAAGAAGUUCUCUGGCAAGGAAUAGCAGACAAAAUGGGAGUCGAUGUGGAAGAGGUGAAAGCUAAAUGGAAAAAUCUAAGAGACACGUACACCAGGAAAAAGCGACUGGAGCAGGAUGGGAGUCGGAGUGGAAGGGCAGCUAAGAAAAAGAAGCAAUGGAAAUAUAUGCGAGUGAUGGACUUUCUCGACCCCUCCACAGAACACAGAAGUGUUAUACUGGACAGCGUUCCCGGCAAAAUCGAGGAUGAUGAGCCAGAUGAAGACAGCGGGGCAGAACCAGCCAGCACCAGUACGGGAACAUCCGUGACAAGUCCAGGAGCAAUUCGGUCUGACAUUGUAAAGAGAAGGCGAUCAGAGACACUAGAGCUGUUGGAGAGGUAUUUGGCAUCUAAGGAUGCAAGAGACAGAGAGAAAGACGAACAGCAAGAUGAAGUCGAUUUAUUUCUUCGGAGUUUAGCGCCUGCGUUAAGACGCUUACCUGCUUCGAAGCAGUCCUUGGUGAAGCUUCAGAUCCAAAAAAUACUUCACGACGCAGAGUUUGGACAGCCCAGCUUUCCUCAGAUAUCGUCCGUGUCACCAAGUAAUCAGUUGUUACUACAGUGUAGUGUUGUAAAACCCAGUUGAAAUGCUUUUUUUUUUUAUUGAAAAUAAAUGUAAAUUUA